GACUUGAACGCGGCGAGCCGGGUCGCACAGCACAUGAAGUGGGCCAAGGGCAAGGUCAAGCGGCACGAGCGCAUCCUGCGCGCCCUGAUUCACCCCAAGGCGCACGCGGACAAGCGCACCGAUUUUGAGCUGGACAAUGCCGCCCUCGAGUCCAUCUUCAGCGCCGCCGACGAGAUCUUCUUUUACGGCAGGCUGUCGCACCGAGUCCACUGGGAGUGGUCCUCGGGCUGUGCUCAAGGUGGCGACAGCAGCAAGAUCAUCGGCACCACGGCGCUGCGAAAGGCUAGCCCGCCGCACAGGGACGGCUAUGAGACGCUCAUUGUGCUGAGCAGCCCGAUCCUGAGGAACACGUCGUACAACCGCCGGCUGCUCAUCUCGACCUUUCUGCACGAGCUGAUCCACUCGUACCUGUUCAUCUGCUGUGGCUUCAAGGCCAGGCACUGCGGCGGCCACACGCCGGGCUUCGGACGGAUCGCCGCCCUGAUUGACCAGUGGGAGGGCCACGGCACGUUGCGGCUGUGCGACAUCGAGGCCGACCUCGAGUGGUUUCGUGAGGAGCACGCCAGAGGCCCGGCUGUGCACGCCUACCAGCCAAAUCAUCCUUCUCAUCCUUACCAGCAUCACCAGCAUCCUCCUCCUCCUCCUCCUCAUCAUCAUGACCGUCCUCGUCCUCAUAACAAUAACAACAACAACAAUAACAAU